AUGCAGCAACCACGCGGUGGCUGCUGGGCCGCUCGCCGCCUCCUGGCCGCGCCGGCGUCCCCGCCGGAUCCCGCCCAUCCGAUGGACGCGCAGCCGAUGGCGCGCCUGGAGACGGUGUUCAGCGGCACCACCAUCGUGCUCUUCGUCGCCACCGUCUCCUACGUCAUCUUCAGUGCAGUCUACGCCUGCAUCCGCGCCGCCCGCUACGACGCCCGCCAACAAGGACUCGGAUGGGUCGACGGCGACGGCCUGGGGGCGGCGGCGCCGCGGGAGGAGACCAAGCGCGCGCUCGAGGCGAUACCCGUGCGGGUGGUCGUCCUGCAGCAGCAGCGGCCGCACGAUGCCAUCGGAGGCAAGGAGGAGGAGGAGGACAAGAAGGACCCCGACGCGGACGCUGGCGACUGCGCGGUGUGCCUGGCGGAGUACGCGGCCGGGGACGAGGUGCGGGUGCUCCCGGCGUGCCGCCACGGGUUCCACCGGGAGUGUGUCGACCGCUGGCUGCUCACGCGCGCGCCCACCUGCCCUGUCUGCCGCGCCACGGUCGGUGCGCACGUCGAGGGCGCCGACGCCAAGGAGGACUACGCGGCCGGACACGGCGGUGGCAUUGGUUUCGCCGCCGGGUCCCAUGCGCUUCCGGAGCCGGUGUGACCGAUCGACAGUGAGUGUGGAUCGGCAGAUGGCGGUCACGGUUCACUAUAGCUAUAGUUUAGCUGAACUUUGAUGUCUGAAACAGGUUGUUGUUUUCAGUGAUCACCCAGCUUAUAAUAACUAA